GCAGACCCGCAGGAGCGCCAAGGAGCGGCCCACGUACACGCUGAGCAGCAGCGACGAGGAGGAUCCCUCCAAGGAGAUUGGGGUCACGUACAAGUCGACAAGGUCGGCGAAACCUGUUGGUCCAGAAGACAUGGGGGCCACAGCAGUGUAUGAACUGGACACAGAGAAGGAUAAAGAUGCCCAGGCCAUCUUCGAGCGCAGCCAGAAAAUCCAGGAGGAGCUGAGAGGGAAGGAAGAUGAUAAAAUUUACCGUGGUAUUAACAACUACCAGAAGUAUGUGAAGCCCAAGGACACGUCAAUGGGCAAUGCCUCUUCAGGAAUGGUCAGAAAAGGACCCAUCCGGGCUCCGGAGCACUUGCGGGCCACGGUGCGAUGGGACUACCAGCCUGACAUCUGCAAGGACUACAAGGAAACGGGGUUUUGUGGCUUUGGAGACAGCUGCAAAUUCCUCCAUGAUCGCUCAGACUACAAACACGGCUGGCAGAUUGAACGGGAAUUGGAUGAAGGCCGAUACGGAGUCAAUGAGGAGGAAAACUAUGAGGUGAGCAGUGAUGAGGAAGACAUGCCCUUCAAAUGCUUCAUCUGCAGAAGUUCCUUCAAGAACCCUGUGGUCACCAAGUGCAGGCACUACUUCUGUGAGAGCUGUGCCCUCCAGCACUACCGCAAAUCCCAGCGCUGCUACGUGUGUGACAAGCAAACCAAUGGUGUCUUCAACCCAGCAAAAGAGCUUAUGGCAAAACUGGAAAAGCACAAGGGAGAGGAGGAGGAGUCAGAUCAUUCAGACCACGCAGAUGAUCCAUAAUAGCAAAACACCCUGUUUUGUAUCUAUAUGAAUAAAGUUUCCUGGGGAGAAAAA